AAAUUAUUGGGCCCCAACCUAACUGCUGAAUCUGAAGCUCUUGGAAUUUCAUCUGAUACAAAUUCAAGGUUGACAACCAUGGUUCUAACAUGCAGGAUCUUGGGAGCUGAUACAGAGGCCGAGAAGGAUCUAGGUUGCUUUCCAUGUUCCAUCAUGGCGAGACCCGGCUGAAGUUCCUGCCUUGACCUUCUCGUCCACGCUUCGGACGUGUGGAGCAGCCACCAGGGUGGGCUGGUGGCGUUGUCCUCUUGGGCAGUUUCUUGGUCAGCGUCGUGUCUGCUUGAGGGCAGAGGCGCUGGCCACAGGGCCCUGACUCAGACUCAUAUUUUCCCCUCAAGAGGACAGAGCCUUAGCAAAGCCGUCGCAGCUGGCUUUGGGGUAAUGCUGGCCUCCUUAGUUAUGCUGAGCGAUGCAGCCCUCCUGAGGUCAUUCGGAACGCCCGGGAGAGUGGCCACUCCCGCCCCAGAGGGGGAAGGGUGGCCGGUUUCCAAGUCCGGCUUGGUCAGGUGACCGCGGCGCGGCAUACUCAGCGGCAGAAACGGAAGAACAGCGCUCCCGAGGCCGCGGGAGCCUGCAGAGAGGACAGCCGGCCUGCGCCGGGACAUGCGGCCCCAGGAGCUCCCCAGGCUCGCGUUCCCGCUGCUGCUGUUGCUGCUGCUGCCACCGCCGCCGUGCCCUGCCCACAGCGCCACGCGCUUCGACCCCACCUGGGAGUCCCUGGACGCCCGCCAGCUGCCCGCGUGGUUUGACCAGGCCAAGUUCGGCAUCUUCAUCCACUGGGGAGUGUUUUCCGUGCCCAGCUUCGGUAGCGAGUGGUUCUGGUGGUAUUGGCAAAAGGAAAAGAUACCGAAGUAUGUGGAAUUUAUGAAAGAUAAUUACCCUCCUAGUUUCAAAUAUGAAGAUUUUGGACCACUAUUUACAGCAAAAUUUUUUAAUGCCAACCAGUGGGCAGAUAUUUUUCAGGCCUCUGGUGCCAAAUACAUUGUCUUAACUUCCAAACAUCAUGAAGGCUUUACCUUGUGGGGGUCAGAAUAUUCGUGGAACUGGAAUGCCAUAGAUGAGGGGCCCAAGAGGGACAUUGUCAAGGAACUUGAGGUAGCCAUUAGGAACAGAACUGACCUGCGUUUUGGACUGUACUAUUCCCUUUUUGAAUGGUUUCAUCCGCUCUUCCUUGAGGAUGAAUCCAGUUCAUUCCAUAAGCGGCAAUUUCCAGUUUCUAAGACAUUGCCAGAGCUCUAUGAGUUAGUGAACAACUAUCAGCCUGAGGUUCUGUGGUCGGAUGGUGACGGAGGAGCGCCGGAUCAAUACUGGAACAGCACAGGCUUCUUGGCCUGGUUAUAUAAUGAAAGCCCAGUUCGGGGCACAGUAGUCACCAAUGAUCGUUGGGGAGCUGGUAGCAUCUGUAAGCAUGGUGGCUUCUAUACCUGCAGUGAUCGUUAUAACCCAGGACAUCUUUUGCCACAUAAAUGGGAAAACUGCAUGACAAUAGACAAACUGUCCUGGGGCUAUAGGAGGGAAGCUGGAAUCUCUGACUAUCUUACAAUUGAAGAAUUGGUGAAGCAACUUGUAGAGACAGUUUCAUGUGGAGGAAAUCUUUUGAUGAAUAUUGGGCCCACACUAGAUGGCACCAUUUCUGUAGUUUUUGAGGAGCGACUGAGGCAAAUGGGGUCCUGGCUAAAAGUCAAUGGAGAAGCUAUUUAUGAAACCCAUACCUGGCGAUCCCAGAAUGACACUGUCACCCCAGAUGUGUGGUACACAUCCAAGCCUAAAGAAAAAUUAGUCUAUGCCAUUUUUCUUAAAUGGCCCACAUCAGGACAGCUGUUCCUUGGCCAUCCCAAAGCUAUUCUGGGGGCAACAGAGGUGAAACUACUGGGCCAUGGACAGCCACUUAACUGGAUUUCUUUGGAGCAAAAUGGCAUUAUGGUAGAACUGCCACAGCUAACCAUUCAUCAGAUGCCGUGUAAAUGGGGCUGGGCUCUAGCCCUAACUAAUGUGAUCUAAAGUGCAGCAGAGUGGCUGAUGCUGCAAGUUAUGUCUAAGGCUAGGAACUAUCGGGUGUCUAUAAUUGUAGCACAUGGAGAAAGCAAAUGUAAAACUGGAUAAGAAAAUUAUUGUGGCAAUUCAGCCCUUUCCCUUUUUCCCACUAAAUUUUUUCUUAAAUUACCCAUGUAACCAUUUUAACUCUCCAGUGCACUUUGCCAUUAAAGUCUCUUCACAUUGA